AUGGUGGCGGGUCUAAGCCUGCUCUCCCCGGGAGGUUUGCACGCCGCGGAAAGAAAGCAAGAGAAGGCUCGGGGCUUCCAGGAACAAGAUCUACCUGGACUGCAGUGUACACAGUACAUUGAAGGACUGCAGAGGGAAGCCCAACAAGCUCUGAAUGAACAUGUCAGACUCAUUCACAGAGGUGAUGAAGCCAGAUUUGCCAAGCUGAAUGUUGUUCUGUCCUUGUUAAGAUCUAUUAAUGCUAAUGUGAUUGCCGAACUAUUCUUUAGGCCCAUCAUUGGAGCAGUGAACAUGGAUGACAUGCUUUUGGAAAUGCUUUGUGCAAAAUUAUAA